CCUGGCCUCAAGUGAUUCUCCUGCCUUGGCCUCCCAAAAUGCUGAGAUUACAUGCAUGAGCCACCACAUUGGGCCUUGUAUUUUUGAUACAGUAUCAGUAUCAAAUUAUUGACUAAGAUCAAGGUUUGUUUUUGAUGACAGUAGAAAUUAUAUUAAAAAUUAUUUUAAAAAUUAAUUUUCGCUUUCUGGCGGUGACGACCUACCCACGAGAACAUGCCUCUCGCAAAGGAUCUUCUUCAUCCCUCUCCAGAAGAGGAGAAGAGGAAACACAAGAAGAAGUCCCUGGUACAGAGCCUCAAUUCCUACUUCAUGGAUGUGAAAUGCCCAGGAUGCUAUAAAAUCACCACGGUCUUUAGCCAUGCACAAAUGGUAGUUUUGUGUGUUGGCUGCUCCACUGUCCUCCGCCAGCCUGCAGGAGAAAAAUCAUGGCUUAUAGUAGGAUGUUCUUUCAGGAGGAAGCAGCACUGAAAGCACUCUGAAUCAAGAUAAGUGAGAAACCAUCUCAAUAAACACAAUUUGGAUAAAAAAAAUUAAUUUUCUUAACAAAGGUAUAACUAGUUUGCAUCACAUAACUAUAUUUCAAGUUAGAACUUAAACUGGAUCAAUCUGUCAAAGAGCUGGUGAGCAGCAUUUGUUAGGAGGCGGAUAGGUGAAGUAUGGUACAAAUGGUCAGGGUAAGAAUUACUUUAGAUCAUGGCAUCUAUUAUCCUGAGUCUAUGUGGGACGCUAGAAUGUUGCAAGGUAGUUGCUAACGACGGAUAACAUUUGAUAGGUAUCAUGAAAGACUUCCAGAAUCUUUCCUAGGAUUGUUAGUUGUGCUUUUCCUUUUGACUGGAGAAACCUUUUCUCUCUGUCUGUCCCAUCCCUUCUUCAUCUGUGAAUUCUUGCUAAUUCUUCAGCUCUUUGCUUAAAUACCACUUUUUCAGAGCUUACUCUGUGAAUAGAACAGGUUUUUUUAUGGUUUUCUGCUCUCUUAGCACUCAGUAUAUUGUCUUUGCAAAAUUAUUAGUAGAACUGCUGCAAAAUUAUUUCUUGUAUCAUUAGUUCUUUGCUUCCUCCUGCCUUGCUACCAUGAGCUCCAUAUGGGCACAGUUCAUGACUGUCUUGUUAACAACAGUAUUCCCAGUGCCUAGUGGCCCACUGUCAUACAAUACUUACUGAAAAGAAAUGCUACUGAAAAGCCCAUAUGAUUUCUCUUAAACUCGGGCUGGGCUCGGUGGCUCACGCCUGUAAUUCCGGCACUUUAGGAGGCCAAGGCGGGCAGAUCACCUGA